AUACAGCGUCUCUCUCUUUCUCUCUCUAGGUUCAUCUUCUCUCUCUCUCUCUCUCUCUCUCUCUAAGGCGCACGCGAAAAUCAAUUCCUCAAUUAUACACAAGGGGGGAGAUCGCUAUCCGAAAUCUAUUUCUUGCGAUUACGAAGUCUGACAAUAAUAGAGAAGAGAGCGACAGCGAAGAGCAAAGGGGAUCGCCUCGUUUCCCCAUUUUUAUUCUCUACUCAGAUUUCGUGGCACACCCGUUCUCUCCCUCUCUCUCUCUAUUCGUUGCCAGGUUCUGUUCGUCUUCGCCAUUCAAGAACUUAAAAUAACGACUGUUAUUACACAAUUUGAAAGUUUGACAUUCGCUUCUGAUUGAAUAGAGUGCUCUAUGGCGACCAACGAGAAUCUUCCCCCAAAUGUGAUAAAGCAACUGGCGAAGGAACUAAAGAAUCUUGAUGAAACCCCUCCGGAAGGCAUUAAAGUAGGCGUGAAUGAUGAUAACUUUUCGGUUAUAUUCGCUGACAUCGAGGGCCCAGCUGGGACGCCAUAUGAAAAUGGUGUUUUUCGCAUGAAGUUGAUAUUGUCUCAUGAUUUCCCACAAUCUCCUCCGAAAGGCUAUUUUCUGACGAAGAUCUUUCAUCCAAACAUUGCAACGAACGGCGAGAUCUGUGUGAAUGCAUUGAAGAAAGAUUGGAACCCGACCCUUGGCUUAAGGCAUGUCUUAAUUGUGAUCAGAUGCUUAUUGAUCGAACCAUUCCCAGAAUCUGCUCUAAACGAGCAAGCCGGAAAGAUGCUGCUAGAAAACUACGAAGAAUAUGCCCGACAUGCAAGGCUAUACACCGGCAUACAUGCGCUGAAACCGAAGCCCAAAUUGAAGACGAACUCUAUUUCAGAGUCCACGGCAGCCCUGAACGUGGACCAGUCGUCGACGAACGCCUCAUCAAAGUGUGCUGCAGCAGACCAGAAAAAUAACAAUAAUCAGAAUCUCUCUGGCGCUGCACCCCAACCUCCAUUAGCACCCAAACCUGAAAACGGUCAAGGUGGCUAUGCUGCAGCGCUUCCGUCGGCUGAAACAGGAGUCGGCGGAUCGACGGCUCACCCUCCUCUGCUGAAAAAGGAAGCAGUAGUAGCGGCACCAGCGGGGCUGAGCAAAAAGAAGAUGGAUGCGAGGAAGAAAAGCCUGAAGAGACUAUGAAAAUGGAUAAUGAUGACGACGACGAUCGUCGAGCUUCUUCUUGAUCUUCUUCUACAGUCUGUUCCUGUUUUCUGUUAAAUUUCAUCUUCUUCUUCUUGUUCUUAAUCAGGCAGGGCAGGAGGGACGACGACAAUGGUAGAAAUGAAGAAACAAUCAAUUAUUAAUCAAUCAAUCCUUAUGGAUGAUGAUAGAUUUGUAUUAGUCCGUGGGAAGAUACUGAACUUCGAACAGACAGUAUGAUUGAUAUGAUAUACUCUACUAUUACUACA